GAUUGACACAUAAGUUACCUAUAUCAGAAAAACACUUAAUUACGUUUGUUCACUAUACUUAAUGAAACACAUUAAACAGUUAAAAAAUAGUAAAUAUACCAUUGUUUUGCAAUUUUUUCAAUAUGGCCCCGCCAGUAAAAGCAUCACAUAGGUUCAGAUGAUGCCUUUGUUGGCCUCAAAAUAUUCUUGCACAUUGUAUUGGUGACUCCACUAACCACUUCUCAAUUCACGACCUGAAGCACCUGAUGUCCAGGAUCCUCACUUAUUGAUUGAAAAUUUUCAACAUGAGUAAAAUUGAUUCAAGCACCCAUGUGGUCAUGAUAGAUGACGACUGUACUGAUGAUGAAUCCAAUAGCAAUAAUUUAGGAAAACUUACUUUGACUUUUCAUCCUGAUGAGACUGAUCCAUUAGACAAAGAAAAGAUGCAGAGAAUCUGGAAUUACAUAGAAUCAAGGCAGGACUUCAAAGUCUUGAUGGUGACUUUCCGGACCGCUAAAACAAAAAAAGCAACAGCUAAAAAGUCACAAGUCUGUGAAAAGGAUAGUUCUCAAGAAGCAAGUAGUGGAAGGAUGACAGAAGUCAUGGAUAUGCAAGAGGAGAAUCUCAAAAAAAGGCCACAGACUGCUAUUGAGCUUAUUGGUCAAUUUCAAGGGUUGUCCAAUACGGUCAAAGGAUGUCUGGAAAAUUUCAGAAAAGAAAGGCAGAUUGUUGGCAUUGCCCCUCUGCAGAGAACCUCCAGGCGAGCAGGAAUGACGAUGUUCUCAGUGAAAUCAAUCAUUACCAGCAAAAUCUGGUCACUCAAGUCAUUGGAGAAAGAAGAGAAAAACAUGUCUACAAACUUAAUUAUGGAAAAAAAUGAAAGUGAAAGUUUGGAUGGCAACUUCGGAUACAUGCAGUACCAGUAUAGCAGCAUUUCCGUCGUUCAUAAUAUCUUUGUGCUCAUCAGUGAAUUUAAUGCAAAAAUUACUGUUAAGGGUGUGACCUAAAUAUAAUAAUAAAUCACUCCAUUGAAAUUUCA